GGAGGCGCAGCAGCGGUCAGCUCGUCUGGGUGGAGUGAAGUUUAGACAUGUACUACAGCUAAUUAGCCUAACGGAGGACGUUAUGGCUGAGUGGAAAAAGCUCUAAAAAGGGGGCCAAAGAAUAUCGGCGGGAAAAGCACUAGGAGGCUGUGGAGGGUCCGCGGGAGGAGCUGAGAUGAUGGGCGAUGUGAGCGAGGAGUCGCUGCUGGAUUAUUUCUACUCUGCCGGUGGGAACUCGGGCAGGGUGAGAAACGCAGAGCUGCUGAAGACGUUCAAGCCCUUCAUCGGACACAGCGAGCCGCAGUUACGCGCUAAAUACAGAGAGGAAUUCAAGCUCAUCAUCGACCGAAUCGCUGUGGUGAAGUCAGAGAAUGGAGAGAAAUACCUCGUCUUAAAGAAGAAGUACAGACACCUGCUGCAGGAGCGUGACAACAAACAUCACGGGACGGACGGAGACCCAAAGAGACAUCAGAGCCCGGCCAGAACCACAGGCUCUGCACAGCGGGAGGCAGCGGACAUCCUGACAUCAUCUCCCUGCAAGAAGGAACGGCAGGACGAGCCGAUGCCAUGCGGGGAACCCGAGGAAGAGGAGCAGCAGGCGGGAACAGGCAGCGCUCAGCGCGCUCCACACCCACUUUCUGCCGCCCACACCGGCGACCGCUCGGCUCUGAGCAACGGGGAGGAUGAGCUGGACAGGGAUUCAGCAUCAAAGUCCGAGUCGGAGCAGGACGAGGAGUCCACGGGCAGCAUGGGCUCCGCUGCCGUCGCUCUGGAUCCGACAGAGAAAGAGUGGAUCUACUACGCUGCCAGCGCUCGAGUGCCCGACCUCUCCCAGCUGCUCAGGCAGGAACCCUCGCUUGCAAAUAAAAAGCAGUUUCUCAGCAGCACCGCUCUGCACUGGGCCGCCAAACAUGGCAACGAGGACAUGGCUGUUCUGGUGGCCGACGCCGGAGCCGACGUCAACACUAAAUCACACGAUCGCUGUGAAGAUCCAGCUGUGCAAAUGGAUUACGGCAGCGAGAGAGCGGUACUAAAACCUUCCAUUACUUCAGCAGAAUUACUCUCAUCUCUAAAAAGUGAAGCUUUAACCAACUCUUUCCAUGUAGCUGUUAUAUUUAGAGGUUUUCCACAUCCACACGUUUCAAGCGCCCUUAUGAACGUUUUCGAGUUCUGCUCUCUGCAGGGAUACACGCCUCUGCACAUCGCAGCGUUGCAUGGCCAUCGGCACAUUAUCGAUCUGCUCAUUGGCACUUAUGGGGCAAAGGAAAACGUUCGGGACUACAGCGGCCAUCUUCCCAGCCGUUAUCUGAACGUCAAAGACCCUGAAGGUCCCCACGAGGACUGCGACCUGCAAUUUCAAGUGGCUCAAGCCAGGGAGAGGAACAAGAACAGGAAGCUGGUGUCGUUGUUCCACUCCAAGAAGAAGUGGGGUUCAGCGGAGGAGCUGGCUCCGAUAGAGGAGGAGAGGACGGCGUCGCACCAGCUCGCCCUUCCUCCUUUCAGGCCCAGGAAGUUCUCCCGCUGAGGAAAAACACACGACUAAACGCUCCUUACAUUCAUUCACACACAAGUAGGGACCAGGUAGUACUGCAUAUAUGCUAGGAGCACAUGCACGCACAAAAUCAAACAUCGACAACAAAACGUACCUAGAAACCUAAACCGUUCAACUAGAACGCCAUAAGAAACACAGAUGCAGGUGCUGCUUUAUUCAUGUGUACAUUAUGCUUCUCACUGAAGUGGUUCCAAGUUUGCAAAGUUUUAAUGAACGUUACUUAAUGUUAGCAAUGAUGCAACAUGCGCUGCAGGGUCACAUCUGCUCAGGCCGGAUGAUUCUCAGUUCUUUUCUUUUUCAUUUAGUGUAAUUUGAGUGAAUAUUAGAUGUUGGAGAUGAGUGAAAAACAUUUAUGUCUGGACUGAAGUUUUCUCUGAAGAUACGAAAGAAAAGUGCCCGUGUUUUGGUUUCUUGGCCUUUUCCAAAUGAUUCUGGAAAACUGGUCAGGAAAAUAUUUUUUUACUUUACAGUUUUGUCCUUUUUCAGGGUGAAAGUAGAUGAAAUUUGUUUGAGAUUGUUGAGUGAUGAGGGAAUGAGC